AGUUCUUUCUGUGGUGUUUGUUUAUUUUAUUAUUUUUACGUUAGAUUGAACUUGGUUAUUUAUUUUAUUACUUGAAAAAUUGAUUAAUAAUUCAUAAUGCCUGAAAGCCCUUCGAAAUCAACUUACCAGUGGCGAAAUCCAGCAGAUGUCUUGAAGUUACAACAGCUGAAAAUAAAGAAACGAAACUUACAAAGUAGGAUAAAUGGCUCAAAGAGCUCCAAAACUGAUGAAAAUGACAAAAAAAACUUGUUUGAAAAUGUGCUGUUGCGACAAAAACGAAAAAAUCCCUUCGCCAAAGAGGAAAGUUGCAAGAAGAAUAAGACUGAUCCGUCUAUUAGUUUGGAAGAAUCUACUGAUGGAACUCUCUUUAAACUACUACAUAAUUCAGCUUCAAUCACAAAUACAGAACCGAAACUGACUUCUUUUGACAAUAUUUUAAAUAAAUUGAGUUGUCCUGAUGAAAUAGUGGAAGUUGUGAAGGCUCAUGGUGAGAAAUGGUUACCCAUAGAUUGGACCCUCAAAUCAAAGUUAAGAUUAUUGUCUUUCAAACCGUUUCCAUGGAAUCAGAAACUCAAAUUGAGUGAGGAAGCUUCGGGCAUCACUGGCUACGCCAGAUGCCUAGGUACCAAUAGUAGUACUUAUUUGGAUACUUCACCAAAUGCAAAAUUUCAUCAGUGCUGUUUGUAUUGGCAACAACCUUCUUUACCCUGGGUUAAACUGUUUCCAAGAAGUACAAACAAAUCUUCUGGAGGUGGAAUCAGCUUAGCUAAUAGCCCUGAAGUUCGCGAUGCAUUACAAAAUGCAUGGUUCGACAGUUUGCGUUCUCUAUUCCAACUGAUCAGAACGCGACAAUGUCCAUACUUUUAUGUUUGUGCGAACAAUUUUACAGUAUUAUUCAGAGCUGCUGGAAUAUGUGGAUAUAGUGAUGUUCAUGCCUUAAUAAGUCCUACUACCAGAGGAUUGAGGCGUUUGCUCAAAGCUGAAGAUAUUGAAUAUCAAAUGCCUCUAAAAAAGAAAAGGAUGUCCGAUCAAGGGUAUGAUACGAUGGAUACAACAUGUGACACAACACAAGAUUCUGAACAAGUUACUGUUGAUGAUGAUGAUGACGAUGGCGCUACUGAUGACAUUUGGCUUAAAGACAUGGGGAUUAAUUCUGACGAUAUCAAACAGAUUAAAUAUACACAGCAAAAAAUUAUACACAAAGCUGAAUGCGAGGUGGACAACAGCGAGCAGAGUCUUGUGCUAAUAGAAGGCACAGAAGUCCAUUCGUUCUACAAUUUCCUGUUGAACUGCAAGAGCGCAGUUGCGAUAACAGGUUCGUUGGCUGGAGUUCCCCCAACGCUUCUCGCCCCUGUAGCCUUCAAUGGGGCAACUUUAAACGCUUUGAAAGUGCGGGAAAAUAAAGUCAAGGUAGACGAUGUUAGUUACUAUUCUAUAGAACUAAGCGGACCGAUUUUACCUACAACUAUUCAUAAUAUUUUUAACAUUCAUCCGCCGGAACAUAGUAUGACUGCCACUUUUCACAAUCUUGCCUCUACGAUACCUUUCAGUAAAACGGAACCCGGCGAGGAGAGUAAAGUUAAAGACGGUAUCGUGUUCAUCAAAGAAAAUUUAUCGGAUUGUGGUUUGAGUGACAAGGUUUUAGAACAAUUUUGUACGACAGACUCUAAAAAUAUUGUCAAUGUCGAGUGUAUCAAAUACGAUAGCGACAACAAAACUUAUACAUGGACCUGAUGUACAAUCAGAAUAGUGUUCAUUUUGGAACACUGUUGUUAAUGUAUCAUAAUUUAUAUGUAAUUUAUUUAUUGAAGUGAAAAUUUUAUUUUAAUGCUCAA